CCGCCAGACCCCGGAGCCCGGCGGAGCCCAGCCGCACCUGCAGGGGAAGCGCUCCGGACGCCGUCCUUCCCCGGAGGCGCCAGGCUCUUGAACCUGAUCUACAAUGGAAAAACUGCUUUUGUUUCUGCUGUUCAUUGGCAUAGCUGUGAGAGCUCAGAUCUGCCCGAAGCGCUGUGUCUGUCAGAUUUUGUCUCCGAACCUUGCCACCCUUUGUGCCAAGAAAGGGCUCUUGUUUGUUCCUCCCAACAUUGACAGGAGGACCGUGGAGCUACGGCUGGCAGACAACUUUGUUACAAACAUUAAAAGGAAAGACUUUGCCAACAUGACCAGCCUGGUGGACCUGACACUGUCCAGGAAUACAAUCAGUUUUAUUACACCUCACGCAUUUGCUGACUUGCGCAAUUUGCGGGCUUUGCAUUUGAACAGCAACCGAUUGACUAAGAUCACCAAUGACAUGUUCAGUGGACUCUCCAAUCUUCACCACUUGAUACUUAACAACAACCAGCUGACUUUAAUUUCUUCCACAGCUUUCGAUGAUGUUUUAGCUCUUGAGGAAUUGGAUUUAUCAUACAACAAUCUGGAGACCAUCCCCUGGGAUGCGGUGGAGAAGAUGGUUAGUUUGCACACACUCAGUCUGGACCACAACAUGAUUGACCAUAUCCCUAAGGGGACCUUCUCCCACCUCCACAAGAUGACCAGGUUGGACGUCACGUCUAACAAACUGCAGAAGCUACCGCCUGAUCCUCUCUUCCAGCGAGCUCAGGUACUGGCAACCUCAGGAAUUAUCAGCCCCUCAACUUUUGCGUUGAGCUUUGGUGGGAACCCUUUGCAUUGCAACUGUGAGCUUUUGUGGCUGAGGCGUCUUUCGAGGGAAGAUGACCUGGAGACCUGUGCUUCUCCCACGCUCUUGUCUGGCCGGUACUUCUGGUCGAUCCCUGAGGAGGAGUUCCUGUGUGAGCCUCCUCUCAUCACCCGGCACACCCACGAGCUGCGGGUGCUGGAGGGCCAGCGGGCAGCCCUGCGGUGUAAGGCCCGGGGGGACCCCGAACCAGCAAUUCAUUGGAUCUCACCUGAGGGCAAACUGAUCUCAAACGCAACGAGGUCCAUGGUAUACGACAAUGGGACGCUCGACAUCCUUAUAACGACGGUGAAGGACACGGGCUCCUUCACCUGCAUUGCUUCCAAUCCAGCCGGGGAGGCCACGCAGACAGUGGACCUGCACAUCAUCAAACUGCCCCACUUGCUGAACAGCACCAACCACAUUCACGAGCCCGACCCUGGCUCCUCGGAUAUCUCCACUUCCACCAAGUCGGGCUCCAAUGCAAGCAGUAGCAAUGGGGAUACUAAAGUCAGCCAGGAUAAGAAGGUGGUCGUUGCAGAAGCAACAUCCUCUACGGCUCUGCUGAAAUUCAAUUUUCAGAGGAAUAUACCAGGGAUACGUAUGUUCCAAAUCCAGUACAAUGGUACUUACGAUGACUCCCUUGUUUACAGAAUGAUACCUCCCACAAGCAAAACCUUCCUGGUCAACAACCUGGCGGCUGGGACUGCAUACGACCUGUGUGUCCUGGCCAUCUAUGACGAUGGGAUCACCUCGCUCACGGCCACCCGGGUGGUGGGCUGCACGCAGUUCACCACCGAGCAGGAUUACGUGCGCUGCCACUUCAUGCAGUCCCAGUUCCUGGGUGGGACCAUGAUUAUCAUCAUCGGUGGGAUCAUUGUGGCCUCCGUGCUCGUGUUCAUCAUCAUCCUCAUGAUCCGCUACAAGGUGUGCAACAACAACGGGCAGCAGAAGGCCACCAAGGUCAGCAACGUGUACUCACAGACGAAUGGGGCUCAGAUCCAGGGCUGCAGCGGGGUGCUGUCGCAGUCCAUGUCCAAGCAGGCUGUUGGGCACGAAGAGGGCGUCCAGUGCUGCAAGGCUGCCAGCGACGGUGCCGCCCUCUCGCCGGAGAGCGGCCCCAGCCAGGACUCGGCCACCACUACCUCCGCUUUGCCUCCCACCUGGACUUCCAGCACUUCUGCCCCCCAGAAGCAGAAGCGAAAGCCGGGGCCAAAGCCAAGCAGCGAGCCACAGAGCGACGCUGGCAGCAGCACAGAGUCCCAGAACACUAACAGAAAUAACUCCACUGCCCUGCAGUUAGCUAGCCGUCCCCCCGACUCUGUCCGAGGGGCCCCCACCUACAAAAGAGCACAAUCCAAGCCAAAAGCUGGGGCUGAUCCGCAGGACGCCUGCCCUUCUCCACUUCCUGAAAGCGUUGCCACCGAUGUUCUUACCCGGCAGAAAACAGUACAGUUUCAGCUUGCCGAAGAUUAAUGUGUCUGCUCACCCCAGUGAAACCUUUACUUGAAGCUGCCACCGAAGGCAAGAGGCCGUUGAGGUUGGCUGCAUCGGAUAAACUUUCUUCCCCCUUCCCAGAUUGCCCAUCUCCCAUCUGCCACAUUUAGUCUGAAUACCUUUUUUUCUGGUGUCCAAGGUUUUUAUAAAACUAAACAUUAUGAAAAAUCUGGUGGCAACAGCUGCAGUCCCAAGUCAUGUUAAAUGUCGCCAGUGGUGAGG